AUCAAUGUCAUUACAUUGAUUUGAAAAGGGAGUCGGCAGAGCAGGGAAAGUGAGUCGACCAAUGGACACAGUGAGAGAAGGACCUCCAGGCUAAUACUAACGCUAACCCUUGUGUUACUUUGAAGGCUUUGUGAGCACACCUGCAGCAGCUUGACUUCCACUCGUUUAGCCUAUCUAGCGUAGCAUCCAAGGACCAGGGAGCACUGUAUAGUGAUCCCCAUAGCUCACACCUCCUCCGUGGUACCCCCCCCCCCCUAGCUUUUCAUGAAGAUGUGUUUUAGUCUACAGAAGGCUGGACCAAAUACACUGUAAUACACUACAAAGAGAGAGAGAGGGGAUAAUCUGGCAGAAUCAUCAUUAAACCGAUAAUCCACACCAAGUACAAAGAAGAGAAAGGGGGACAACGACUAAAGGAAGCGGGAAAAGGAUACAGAACAUCCCUUCAAAAUGGCGCAGAUCCCUCAGGUGUGGCACACCCAGGAAGUGAAAGUGGACCUGGAUAUAAUGGGGGCUGUUGGCAUCCAACCCGAGUGCUCCAUCUGCUUCAACACCUACGACAACGUCUUCAAGACGCCCAAGCUGCUGGACUGUGCCCACACCUUCUGCCUUGAGUGUCUGUCACGUCUCAUGGCCAUUUCACUGGGAGAGCAGGAAGGAGGAGGCAGCAGCAAGAUCCUGUGUCCCUUCUGCCGCCAUCCCACCCUCCUGACCAAGGAGGGUCCCCCGGCCCUGGCCACCAGCAGCGAGGUACUGUGUAAGCUGCCCAGCAACCAGCAGCACGAGGAGCCUGUGUGGCUAGACGGAGAGAAGCUGUGCUACAAACGGGCCUUGGAGGCCAGCCCCGAGGCCUCUAGCUCCACCUCGACCUUCUGCAUCUGCAUCAACAUAGGGGCCAGCAAAGCAGCCGAAGUUCCGGCUCAGACACGCCCCCACAACACGGCCUUUAUGAGGCGUCUGACCAGCUGUAGGCGGCUGCUGCUCUUCAUGGUGCUGAUGGUGCUGCUAGUGGUCAUCGUGCUGUGGCCCCUGCAGUGCAUCGUCACCACAGGCAACAUGUACUGCAUGCCUCGCCCUGUGGGCCCAAUACAAGGCUCCAUCACCACCACUGCUACCCCAUUCACCAGCAUAAACCAUUCCACAAGGGGAGCCUUUCAUUAAAAUACAUGUAUGUAGUAUGCCAGAUUCCACCGCUGCCACAUUCUCCUUCAGCUCCACUAAAGGGUAUCCAGCCACAGCCCCCCCCCCCCC